CGGAGAUCGGCAUUUUUCUUUUGCUGCAACAGGCAACAUUCGCGUUUCUUUAUACCUGCACUCGCUCUGAAGGGCCAGAACAUUAUGCCAGCAAAGAAAGAGAACCCUAUCCACUCGCUGAUUGCAGGUACAACAGCAGGGGCAGUUGAAGCAUUCGUGACUUAUCCAACUGAAUUUGUGAAGACGCGCACCCAAUUUGGUGGACAGCGCGAAGGACCGUUGGCGAUCGUUCGCGAAACGUUGCGUAGCAAAGGUAUCGUGGGCCUUUAUUCGGGCUGCUCAGCAUUGGUCGUAGGAAACGCAACGAAGGCUGGUGUACGCUUUGUGAGCUAUGACCAUUUCAAGAGUUUGUUGGCAGACAAAGAGGGUAAAGUCAGCGCACCAAGAAGUCUUGUCGCUGGCCUGGGUGCCGGGAUGACAGAAGCCGUCAUUGCAGUAACGCCUUCGGAGACCAUCAAGACUAAAAUGAUAGAUGACGCCAAACGCCCAAACCCACAGUAUCGAGGACUUGUACACGGCACAGCUUCAAUCAUACGACAAGAAGGAUUCUUUGGUAUCUAUCGCGGGCUGUUUCCUGUCAUGAUGCGACAGGGUGCCAACUCUGCAGUUCGCUUCACCACCUAUUCUACGCUUAAACAGUUCGUCCAGGGAACUGCCAGACCAGGACAACAACUACCAAGCGGUAUUACAUUCGGAAUUGGGGCUAUUGCAGGUUUGGUUACGGUAUACUCAACGCAACCAUUAGAUGUCAUCAAAACGCGUAUGCAAUCCUUAUCCGCGCGUCAACAGUACCGAAACUCGUUCCAUUGUGGAUACCGGAUUCUAACCGAGGAAGGUGUUCUGCGUUUCUGGACUGGCACAACGCCUCGAUUAGCGAGAUUGAUUAUGAGUGGUGGUAUCGUGUUUACGAUCUACGAGAAUAUCAUUAGUGUAAUCGGCGGGCGAGAGCAAGAAUAGGUAAAUGUUAGGGCGCGCGUGAUUUAUAUAUUCUGGUCAACCAGUAUAGGGUGAUUUUUGGAUGAUUUACUGCAAGUGAGCAUGUUUUGCGCAAAGCUUUGG